AUUGUCUAUUAGGUUGAUUGUUCCACGAUAUGUGAAACAUGAGUAUGCAAAUGUAACGACAUAAAAUCUCACCAAUGAAUAGUUGUUGAUUACCAAUAAUUUUUACUAUUUACCAAUAGUAAAAAACUUAUUCUUACGAGUUACUAACUACCCGCCAUUAAUUAAGCGCAUUUUUUAAAAUUGAUUUACUCGCGCUGACGGCACAACUUGCAGUUCCGUAGCCUGCCUAGCGAAAGCUCACUUUAGAGUUUAGACUUUAGACUUAGAGAGAGUUGCAGAUAUUUUCAUUAUCCAUUCCCGCCAGGACCUCCGUCUUCUUCCGUCGCCGGCUGGCAACUCUACUCCAUUUGCCGGCAUUAUGCAUCUCUACUUACUUUCUUCCCGCGUCUCUUUCUCUCCGCCCGUCUUCUGGCAUGCAUCUUCUUCCGCCACCCUCCCCUUCCCCGCCCCGGCAACCGCUAAACCCCUCCCUCCGCCGUCUUCGCGGCCGGCGAAGAGCCUCAAAUUAGAAGCUGCAAUUCCUCCGUCGAACAGCAAGUGCGCUCUCGAGUGCCCUCAUUUCCAAUCAUGCUCAGGCUGCACUCACGAGCUCGACCUCGAUCGUCCCUCCGUGGUUGAUGAGGCGGCUGAGUUCUUCAGCAAACUCGGAGUCUCGGAUUUCACUUUCGAUAGUUCUAGACUUUGGGAAUGGAGGUGUCGAGCGAAGCUUGCCGUCCGGGGUUCGUCGGCGACCCCUUUGAUUGGACUGUACGAGGAGGGGACUCAUAACGUGGUCGACAUUCCCCAUUGCAAAGCUCAUCAUCCAAGAAUCAAUGCUGCUGUUGAACUGUUGAGAAAAGGUAUCACUGCAUUGAGGAUUCUGCCUUAUGAUGAAGAUCAGGGAACCGGUGACUUGCGAUAUGUGCAGAUGGCCGUUACCACUCACAACACAUCACUUCCUGUCUCGGAUAGAUAUAAAAAUGGUAAAGUACAGGUUUCUCUAGUUUGGAAUACAAGAAAUGAGACCUCUCCUAGUUCUGAAAAGUUAACUGCCUUGGCUCAGUUCUUGUGGAGAAAUGGUGGACCAAAGAGCAACGAAAAUAUCAUCCACUCUGUGUGGGCUAAUUUCCAGACGUCGUCUAAUAAUAUUAUCUUCGGGAAUAGGUGGAGACAUCUUUUAGGAGAAACGGAUUUGUGGGAGCAUGUUGGAGGUAUCGAUGUAUCCUUGGCUCCAUCUAGCUUUGGCCAAGCCAAUACACGCGCUUUUGAUUCCUUACUGUGGAAGUUACAAAAAUAUGUACCUCGAAGAUCAUCAGUUGCUGACUUGUAUGCUGGAGCUGGAGUAAUUGGGUUGUCAGUUGCCGCCAGUAGAAAAUGCAGAUCUGUCAAGUGCGUCGAGGUUAAUAAAGAGUCGAAAUUGUCCUUUGAGAAGACUGUUGAACGCCUUCCAAAGUCCUUAGAUGGCAGCAUCAGCUGGCACCAAGCAGACACUUCUGCUGAACCUCUUUCUUGGCUCAUGGGGUCUGAAGUAGUCAUUGUUGAUCCACCAAGGAAGGGACUGGAUGCGCCUCUUGUUGAUGCAUUGAAGACUAUAUCCUUCCGGAAUCUUAAACCAAUGCCAUCAACUGAUGGCUCUCAAGUCAAAGAAGAAAAAAGACCAUGGGUCUUACGUGCCAGAGAAUCUUCAGUUUAUGUUAGGAGUUCAACAACAUCGGAUGGACCCCUAGUUCUCCCUCAAACACUAAUCUAUAUAAGCUGUGGUUGGGAGAGCUUCAAAGAGGAUUGCAAAGCGCUGUUGUCUACGAACAAAUGGCGGUUGGAACAUGCACAUGGUUUUAAUUUCUUUCCUGGAACUCAGAGCAUAGAGGUUCUGGCUGUCUUCCAGAGGGGCAAAGUAGCUAACCUCAAGAAAAAGAAACUAGGAAAGAAGAAAAAACGUUCAUGAGCAUCUUGGAAAAUUGGUGUUAUAUAUCAGGAAGCUUCACUGGUCCCAAAUCGGGACUAGAAGAUGAGCUAAGGAAGUAAUGCAGAAUUUUCAACCGAUCAAGAAAAGCUCAAGAUGUGUAUAACAAGCAUACAGCUGAGAUACAUCUGUAUAAGCGAAUGUAAAAGAUCACAGAAGCCAUUUUGUUGUGUUUGCUCUUUUCUACACGAAAAUAAUGAUGUGUUUGAGUUUAUCAUAUCAAACUGGGAUGCCUAUGGGAUUCUGGCACCAUCUUGUAAUGUUGAUGAACCCCCUGUAAAAAUUGAUUGAAAGAAUAGGAAUCUUAUUUCGGAAAUGAGAAGGUCGAUAUUUUGAGGUUUUAGUUGUGCUUUCCUCGGCUCUUGGAUCCUGCAAGAUGAGGGAAGGCUGUCAAAAUGUUAUGUGCCCUUAGAUCCUGCCGAGUCAGAAUGCCAACCACCGGAGGAAUCUGCAAAUCAAGCAGCUGGUAAGAUAAGUAUAAUGGAUACUAUAAGUCUAUAACAGGUAUGUUAUCUGCAGAAAACUCUUCAACUUUACCAAAAUUUACUUACCCCUGCAGCUUGAUACUUAGGAACCACAAGCAAAUGGCGAAGCCCGACUUGCCUGAAGAGCACCAUUGCCUUUGCUACUGACAUGCUUUCAACCACUGUGAAAGGAGUUGAAUUGGUUAGAGGAUGCAAAUCAACAUACAUUUCCAUUUCUUCCCUGGAACCACUUCUUCUUCAGCACUUGAACCAGAUGAGCUCUUAGAAUCAGCCCAUGUAUCUCAGUUGCUCCUGCUGCUGCAACUCCCAAUGGCGGCACAACUCCUUCAUCCACAACUGGAAACCCAUGGUGGGAUGUGUUUCUAAGCACAUCAACAAUCUUCGAUACCUUCUCUACUCCACAUAAGGUAACUACUGGCUCUUUGGCAUCAACAAGCUCUGCAACUGUGAAGUUUCUCAUCCACGGCUCAGGAUUAGCAUCCAAGAACGGCAAUCCUUUCAGCUCCAGGAUUAUGUCGUAUAUGCUUGGAUUGAAGCUAUCCCCUACAGAUUUCGCUAUGAGUAAAACUAUCAUUGUUAUGGGGAGCAACAAGAGGUUGUUGGUGAGUUCGAGAAAAAUCACACAAAGGGAGACCGUCAUUCUCAUUGAUCCAGCCAUGAGUGAAGCUGCACCUAGCACUGCAUAAAGGCCUUGGUCGAUUUUGGUGUAAGAUCCCAUGGCGAGUGCAAGCAGGCGGCCGUAAGCGGAUCCCAUUAGGAUGAUCGGGAGGAAAAGGCCAGAAGGUACAGCAAUGCCAAAAGUGAACAGUCCUAGAAUGCAGUACAGAACGAAGAAAAUGACGAGAGACAUUGGCUGAAACUCGGUUGGAGUGUUGGUGGAGAAGAUAUUCCUCACUGCAUCAUCAUUCGUGGCAGAGAAGGGUCGCAGGGCUGGCAUUUCGCUAGGAAUGGGAGGCAGUAGAGACACACUGAGGUGAAGAUAGAGACAGUUAAGGCUAAGAGAAGCUUGUGAAACUUCCCUUUCCUGCAUCAUAUAAAGGUGGGUGGUUAUUAUGAUUGACUCACCCAUGGGGAACUUAUGAAGAGAAGAAAGCUGGAAUGAAAGUGUGGCUUACUCGUUGAUGAGAUUGUACAGCCUAAGCACCUUGUGAAGCAGAUAAUUGUACAGACUCCCCAGAACUCCACCAAUGACCCCAAUCAAUACCACUGGUAUGACAUCCAUCACAUGAUACCUCACUUCCACACUGCUCACAUCAAACAUGAUCAACCCACCACUCCCAAACAGUCCACAUCGCCCCGAAUUGCAGAUCUCGAUGAAUGCUCUGAGGAUCACCACGACCACAGCCGUGCUGAAGAAAUUCCUCCACAGCAAUGCACUCCUCCACCAGGUGGCGACUUCCUCGAGGGCGAACAGCACACCACCAACUGGAGACCUGAAAGCUGCACAAACACCUGAUGAAGCUCCACAGGUUAUUAUGUCUCGCCUGUCCCUGUCGUUGUUGAAGUAUCGAAGCCAUCGCCACUUGAGGCGGUAGUUGUCUGGGCCUCCUUGUCCAAGCAGGGAGGCAAUGCAGCUGCCGAUGUGGACUAGAGGGCCUUCUUUGCCAAGGUCUAGCCCUGCGGAGACUGCUCCAAUGCUUCCAAAUAUCUGGGAAGAAGAGAAGUGAUGGCAUCUUGUUUAGGUUCAUUGCAGAUUGUCGUGGCUACGUGCUGCCUUUUUAUUAAAAAGAAGUCAAAUGCUAGGAUAGUAAAUGUAAGUCAAGAAAGCUAGCAACCAUUUCGUACUUAUUUACAUGUGACUUGACCAUUAGCUCAAAGAUUAAGGCUUUACCUCUAUAAGAACUAAAGAGUUUGAUCCAUUAGUGAUCUUGCUAGUGUGUUUGGUUUACUGAAAUGGGUAAAUGGUUUCACUUCGUGG